CAAGCUGCGUGAGAGAGCGAGCGAGAGCUCGCUACUCGUCGUACCGCCCCAUCACCGCCCUGGGCUCACGUACCACACGUACAGCGGCACGGCACGGCCACCGAGAGUUGGAAGCGUGCCUAGGCCAAAGCAUACCCAAGGAUACGGCUGGCUAGAUGUUGAUUUACCUUUCGUGCGUCAAGUUGUGUCUGGUUCCGUCGUUCGCUUGUUCGUUCGUUCGUUAGUUCGUAGAAGCUCUAUGGAGGCAAGCUUUCGGCAGUAGGUGCGUUCGUUCGUUUUUUUCGGCGGUUGGUUUGUGCAACAACGUGACUAGCGACUGUUUCGGAAGCCGCGCAGUGUGUCUACCUAUGGAAUGCAACUGCAAUACUGUUACUGGGAAUGAAUAGUGGAUUUUUGAGUUUUAGAAACAUAGCGCUGAGUUUUGAAAUACGCGCGCGAGUGAUUUGAAUUGUCGAGGAAAAGACGGCUGAAUUGGAAUUUUUUGAUUGCGGCUUUGGCGGAAAAUCGCGUGAGCCGUUUGUUGUGUUCAGAUUGCGUGACUGGUGGGAAAUUCCUGGAUUAGGGAUCGAAGAGAACCUGGGAAAACUGUGAAGCGGGAAAGUAACCGGAAGAGAGUUUAACAAGUGUGCAACGAACUACAUAUCGCGGUGAAUAAUUUGUUUGUUUGUGAGUGAAGCUAAUUGAGUGACUUCCGGAAUUUCCAAGUUAGUUUGAAGGCCUUACCUGGGAGAUCAGUGCACAGAAGUCCUUGAUGGAUCUUAAUGAACGACAUACAUUGAUGUCAAGUGUGAAUCUAGUAGUGCAAUAGUGAAAAGAAGUUUGAGUUCCACCCAUCGAAACAAAUCGUGAAGUGUUGUGAUCAACACUCUGUCCAACUGUACGAUGGACGUCAAAUCUUUGUCGGACGUUCAGAAGCAAAUCUUCCAGAACUUGGUCGAGAAGUUGAUCGCGCGGAACAAAUUUCCCCCGAACGAGGCGGAAGAUGUGCAGAAGCUGCUAGAGAACAUGCGUGAUGCGAAGAAUUUCCACAAAAUCAUGGAAAAGUUGAAAGAGUGCGGUCAGCUGGAUCUGGAUAUCGAGGAAAACUUUCGGGAAGAGAACGGAUUUUUCCUCAAAGAUACGGCGAAAAAGUUUGGACCCGGCGGUCAAACGCUCACCCCGCGGCACACCAUCGACGCAAUACUAGGUUUGAAUAAUUGUGAAAAUGGAGGUGACUCCAGUGACGCCACCGACCUGAGUGCCUCGCCGCUCGGUCACAUCAAGGUGUGCGACCAGCAGCAGAUGCUCGCCAAAGGCGGCGCACCUCUAGCAAACCAAUACCUGGGUAGCCCCUCGCCGGACAAGUUCCAACACCUGGCCAACUACCAGAAUCACAUGAAAAACCUCGACUUUGCUGCCUCGCUGGACUCGGCGGCCCUGGCGGCUGCCACCGGUCAUCACCAGCCUCACCACCCAGGUCUGCAGCACCCUCAGCACCACAAUGCACUGCCUUCGCACGCCGAGCUCGAGUACAUGAAGUCGUUAAAGGAGAACAACAAGUACUUUAUCGAUAGGAACUACCGGGCCUCGCUCGGCUACGGCAGCAACAAAUACGGUGGCGGAGGUGAUCCCGGCUCGGAAGAUGGAAACAGCACAGUGAACGACUACGAAGAUGACCUGUCCUCUCCAACGGGGGUCCUGGCGACGAGCGGAGGCGGCCUGAAGCGCAAGUACUCAGACAACGACGAUCACCUCCUGGACGGAAGCAGCGGAGGAGCGGGCAGCGGUGCGGAUAGCAAUCAGGUCGAGGGUUCCAUUAACAAAUACAGCAAGCUGCAUGACUCAGCUGAUAAAUCAAUUAAGGCUAAUAGUUUCGAUUAUAUGAAAAGUUUCGAUGAUUUACGAGCACGACAAGCGGCGUACGAUGCCGAGCAACAGCUUCACCAACACCAUCAACAACAGCAGCAGCUUCAUCAGCAAGCGCUUCAUCAUCACCAACAGCAAGCGCAGCAACAUCAUCAACAGCAGCAGCAUCAGCACAACGCUCAAUCACAGCAUCCACUCCAGCAGCAACCGCCCCCUCAUCAACAACAGCAACAGCAGCAGCAGCAUAUUGCCUCGGGGUCCUCGUCGGUUCAUGGCCCAUCGGCACUGGCCGCGGCCGCCGGUGAGCACAGGCCCGAUGAUUAUAGGCUUGGUGCGGUGAGUGGUGGCCCCGGUGGUGGUGGUGGUGGUGGCGGCGUCGUCGGCCAGGAAGGCGGUCCGGACAAAUUGGGUGAGGACGGCGGUAUCAGUUAUGCUUCCAGCGAGGAGAUGAACCAAACGACGUCCAGCGAGCAGGGCGAGAAAAUGGGCUCCGGAAGCGAUGACGAAGGCGGAGACGACGGAUGCUCCAAGAAGAAACACCGCCGCAACCGAACCACCUUCACCACUUACCAGCUGCACGAGCUGGAGCGAGCCUUCGAAAAGUCCCACUAUCCGGAUGUCUACUCGCGGGAGGAGCUGGCGAUGAAAGUGAACCUACCGGAGGUUCGAGUACAGGUCUGGUUCCAGAACCGGAGGGCAAAAUGGCGCCGCCAGGAAAAGUCGGAGAGUUUACGACUGGGGUUGUCCCACUUUUCGCAGCUACCCCACCGACUGUCCUGCAACGGUGCGAAUCUUCCGGUGGAUCCGUGGCUGUCGCCACCACUGCUGUCUGCUCUUCCCGGCUUCCUGUCCCACCCCCAGGGUGUCUACCCGAGCUAUCUAACGCCACCGCUAAGCCUGAAUCCGUCCAACCUGGGCAUGACCAAUCUGGGCUUGGGUCACCCCAAUGGCCCGCAGAACCUCAGAAUCUCCCCGCAGGGCAUGGCCGCCAUGCAGCAGCAGAUGGCCGGUCACAAUAUGCGCCUUUCCCCGCCUCACCCGAACGGAGCCAUCACCCCGCAGAACCUCUCGAUGGCCCCGCAGCAGCCGCUCACGCCUCGCCACUCGCCGCUCGGAGGACCCGCAGUGGGCCUCGGCGCUCCCGGCCAAACCCAUCCGUCCCAGCCUCCGCCCCAGCUUGGCUCUGUAAAUAUACCCAUAACAUCACCCCAAAACCUUUCACUAACGCCACCUGGUUUAAGAUCGCCGCAAAGUUUAAGUAGCAGUAGCACCUCGAACAACAACAACCCCCUGUCGGGCCACGGACCCCUGAGUCCCAACUCCUCGGCCGCCUCGUCGCCCACCUCGUCGUCCGGUCCGAAAAUGACCAAGCUGGCUAGUUUCGACCAUCAACCUCCCCAGGACGGUGGCAGCCCGCUAGACGACCAACGCAUUCUAGGGGCUGCCCUAGGAGGGGCCCAAGAUGGCGGAUCGACCGGCGCAGCCCUCAAUAUGACUGUGAAUCACUCCACCGACAUGAGGACCAACUCGAUAGCCUCGCUGCGGAUCAAGGCCAAGGAACACCUGGAGAACAUCAACAAAGGCAUGACCACGAUGGUGUAAUACCCAGCCUCCGGUAGGGCGGUUUCAAAUGACGGUGAAAAAGUUUCCUAACGUUCGUCAGUAGAAAGUGACACUCACUCCCUACUGUUCCCUAGCUAAGUUCAAAUUAUCAAAAACUCACAGUGAAGCUACAAAAAAAAACAAGCAAAAUGAUCUCCCCAAUGAUGGAAGUACUAAGUAGGUAACGAGGCAUUAUAAAAAUAAAUUAUUUUUAACAAAAAAGGAAAAUUGUAAAUAGCAUCCCUUGCAAUCCCGGAUUGAGAGGCAAUCGCUGGAACAGACGUUGAAUCAGAACCACUUAGAAGAAGCAAACCCAGCUUAUUUAGGAAUGAAGUUAACAAUGCGCAGUGGUGUAAAUAUGCGAAAUCUUCCCGUUUUGAACAGUUUUAAGGAAUAAAAUAAAACAGAUUAGAACCUAAACGAAGUGAUUCAGUGACAGAACGGUAGAAGCUACAGCAGCUGUGUACAUAGGAAUAUAGUGCUAAUAGCGUAAUUUAGUGUUUCGGCUUGAGCAGAGCAGUUGAAACAAUUCUUUCAUCAUUUUAAUUUGUGUAAAAAUAUAAACUGUGGAUUGAGCGCCAAGCACAACACAAACCGUUCACGAUUAGGCUGUAAGAAAUGCUCCUAAUAAAUUGAAAAUU